AUGACUCUUCCUCCCCAAAGCGUGGACAAUUUCCUGCGGCAGCUGCAACUCGGAUUUGAAAAGUGCCACCCCAGGGAUAGUGAGGCUGAAGCUGCCCUAAGCUGCUUGCCUAAAGACACUCCUGUCUUUAAAUAUGAAAGCGCGUCUCAGAUGGAAACCGCAGCCCGCUCUGUUGAUAAUGGGAGCGGCGGGUACUGCGUAUUCUAUAAUGUUGUGGACGGCCUCAUCCUCCUUAACACAAAACAAAAACGCAUUAGAAAGAGGGAAUAUUUUCCAAUCUCCAGACUACUGGUUGCAAAAAUGCUGUCAGAGCCACAUGAAGUAGCCACAGAAUGGCUUCAUGAUGAAUUGGUAGUCAAAAUCUCAUCAAUGGGCAUGAGGUUUCAUGCAUAUCUCGUGAGCAUUGGCUCUACAACUAUUGAGCACAAGGAGCCCGACUACUCCGCCCGGCCGCGUAAUCUUCCCCUAGGGAGGACUCGCAAAUGGCCAACCCUCGUUGUGGAAACGGGGAAAUCACAAAGCCAUAGUGACCUUGACAGGGUGGCAAGACGGUGGAUUCAGAAAUCCGCUGGCGAUGUAAAGAUAGUCCUUACUAUCCAAGUAUCUCGAACCGAACUCACAAUUCGAAGAUAUGGUCGCUCUGGAAUCACAAGGGCGACAAUACCCCAAACUAUUACUAUCGAGAAACGCGGGCAGAACAGCCCUAUUCAUAUUGUCGGCAAUCCUUUAAUUAUUCCCUUUGCUGAUCUCUUCCUUCGAACCGCGAUUAGAAACCAGGGUGAUAUUAUAUUUAAUAAUACCGAGUUAGAGGAGUUGGCCAAACUUGUUUGGGAAUCCUUCUAA